AUGAGUGGAACUGCUCCGUUGUCAAUUAAAGAAGAACUCCAUAGUAACAGUCCUGCGCUUGACAUGUCAUCAAAACUAUUUAAUAAACAAAAUAGUGCAUUAUCAACAACUAUUCUAGUACGAAGUGAAUUAUCAUCAUCAUCAUCGUCAUUAAAUGAUUCUGGUCAGCAACUUGUUAAUAAACGUGUUGUUAAUUCAUGUCUCUGGUCAACUGUUAUAUUUUCAAUAAAUUUUGUUUCAUCAAUUCUUGUUAUUAAUUUAGCUAAAUGGAUCUAUGUUAAACAUCAUUUUCCUAAUCUAACAUUGACAACGAUCAAUUUUUUUGUGACAUUUUUUCUGUUACUGGGUUGUUUGCAAGCAAAAUUAUUUACUUAUGCUAAAUUACCAAUUUUUAGUAUGCUUCCUGUAUCAGCAUGUUUUGGAGGUUUUAUUGCAUUCAGCAAUCUUUCGCUUCAGUAUAAUACUGUUGGCACAUAUCAACUUAUUAAAUUGCAAGUAACACCAACUGUGAUGAUAAUUAGCUGGCUAUUUUUUAAAGCCCAUUACUCUUUACCCAUCGUUAUCUCAUUCAUUCCGGUUUUUAUUGGCACAUUAAUCAGUACUUAUUAUGAUUUACAAUUAAAUGUUUUUGGUCUUUUUUGUGCUUUGAUAUCUGUAAUAUUCACUGCUUUUUAUCAAAUACUAGUAGAAUACUAUCAAAAAGCAUAUAAUUGUGAUUCCUUACAACUGUUAUUUUAUCAAGCUCCACUUUCUGGAUUAAUACUUUUAUUUUUUCUACCGUUUUUCGAGCCCAUCUCUGAUUUAAGUAAAUUCAUGACAUAUGAUAUGAUGUUUCUGAUAUUACUUUGUGGUGUGGUCGCAUUUUUUGUUAACUUCAGUAUUUUUUGGGUGAUUGGAAAUUUAUCUGCUGUUGCAUACAAUAUGAUUGGACAUUCCAAAACUUUAUUAAUUAUAUUUAUUGGAUCAUUUAUAUUCCAUGAACCACUUAAUCAACGACAAAUAUUUGGUUUAUGUUUUACAAUGCUCGGAGUUUUCCUUUAUUCAUAUUUUAAGUAUAUUAGGAAACCUAGUAAAUAA